AUGGGCGAACGCUACGAGAUUAUCGUCGACUUUGCGAAUCACAAAGGCAAAAACAUCACGAUGAAGAACGCUCGCGGAGUGAUCGGAAACCCAGACUUUGCUGCCACGGACUUAGUAAUGCGCUUCAUCGUGGGCGAUACUUUAAGUGACGACUGCAACAACGGUGAUGUCCCUUCAACGCUUCGAGUUACAGCGCCGCCCAAAGAAGCAAACAUUUCCAGAAGCUUCGACUUUGAGCGCAUCGGCGAGCACUGGGUUGUUAAUGGGGUCGGUUGGGCCGAUAUUGAGCACAGGAUAUUGACAAGGCCCACACUCGGCACAGAUGAAACGUGGGAGCUAAAAAACGGGAACGGGGACAGCAAUAUCACAGGCGUUCAUCCAAUUCAUAUCCAUCUCGUGGAUUUCCAGGUCCUUUCUCGGAGCGGCGGAAGGGGGAAGGUGCUUCCGUACGAGGCAGCAGGGUUGAAAGACGUGGUAUGGCUCGCACCAGGGGAAACCAUCCGUGUCGCUGCGAAAUACGCACCGUGGCCCGGAGUGUACAUGCUGGUCGCGUUCAAUGUCACAAAUCUGGCCAAGUGGGGCUACGAUGAGACAACCGUCUUCAUUGAUCCAAUGGAGCCAGUUUUCAGACCAAAGGAUAUUACUCCCCAAGGGUUCACCGACGAGGUGAUUCGGCAGAAGUUGGAAUGGUUCUGGAGCUUGAACGCUUACCGCCGAAAUACCACCCACGUGGCGCCAGACAUUUAG